CAUAUAUUUAAAAUUUUGUCAUUAAAUUAUUUUAUUUAAACAUUAUUACAGUAUGAACAAUUUCAUUUAUAAAUAAUAAAUUAUUAUUGAUUAUCCACAGGUAUGAGAUGAGCAAGUAUAUUUCCGUCAUCAUUAUUACAACUGGAAUUUCACUCUUCACUAUAGCAUCUAGUAGAAAUAGAAAAGUACAUUCAAAUUCCGAAACAGAAAUUUGGCAUUGGUUUUUAGGAUUAUCACUACUAACAUUUUCUAUAUUGUUGGCUGCAAGAAUGGGAAUAUAUCAAGAAACAUUAAGUACAAAGUAUGGAAAGCAUCCAAAAGAAACCCUUUUUUAUUGUGUAAGAUAUUACUUUCCACUUGAAAUUCCAAUAUUUGGUGCUGUUCCAAAGUUAUGGAUUUAUUUAUUUUGCAAUGUGAUUACUCAAUAUGUUUGCAUUCGAUCUGUAUUUGUAUUGACCACACAAUAUUCAUCAUUAUCUGUAACAAUGGUUGUUACACUUAGAAAAUAUAUUUCUCUCUUAAUAUCAAUCUUCUAUUUUCAAAAUCCAUUCACAUUAUUUCAUUGGAUAGGAACUUUAUUGGUUUUUAUUGGAACAAUGAUUUUUAUUGAUAUAACAAGAGCAUUUAAAAAACUAACUAAACAAUUUGAAACAAAAGUAGAUUAAACAACUUGUAAAUUAAUUUAUCUUGUUGAAUUGUGAUAAAAUAAUUUAUCAGAU